UACCAACGUACCAUGGCCAACAACCAACAACCGGCAACAGUGAAAAUUGAACCAAAGGAAGCUAAUUCGGAGAAUGUGGCCCGUGAAACUACCGGGCCAAUUGAAGUGAUCGAUCUGACCAACGAGGAAACGGAGUUUCGAACCUUUGUCCAAACACUUCCCCGGCCACGGCUGGUACCGGUAAAGCAUUCUGCCCCAGGUCCUUCUUCUGCGGUUUCCUGUUCGACCGGAGUUAUCAGAAUCUACGCGCUGGCUGUUCCAAUGGACUACAUACGGAAAAUUAAACUAUAUCAGGACUUUACUGGCGGCGAGCUAUUCAACAAGCAAUUCAAACUUUUAAUGGUCUAUGGCCGAUUGACGCAACAACGCGUGAAAGACGAUUCUACCGUCGUUUACAAGCUGGACGAUGGCACAGGGCAGGUGAAUGUAAUGUUUCGAAAAACAAAAAGAAAAAUUAUUGAUACGCUAAACAAACUAAGCCAGUGCGAAGAGAUAUUACUGAGAAGGGAAAAAUCCGCCAACAACACGGAGGGAGAAUAUCCGGAUUCGCUUCAUGCGUCGCUGAAGGCAAUAAUGGCAAUGGCUAGGGCGAACUGUGCCAGACAAAUCAAUCAGCCACCACUCGGUACACGAUGUUUUGCAACCGGUUUUCCAUUCCAAUCCUUCAACGGCGACAUCACGGUGUUCGCCCACAGUUUUGUGGCUGAUUCCGAGGGUGGGAAAUCGAUGGAACUGUUCUGGAAAAGUUACCUCUUGUCUUUAUAUGGGCCAAUAAUAGGCAAUAAUCGCAUCGACGGCUAUGGAGAGAAUUCGAUUAACAGCUUUAAAUCGUGGUUGGAAGCGAAGCUCGCCAGCCCCAUAGAUUCUUAGGCGUGUGUCGUUGAUACUUUCUUGUCCCUCCUCUUGUGUA